CGCGCCCGCGCCGGGCCUUUCGCGUCGGACGUGUUGCACUCGAUCACUACGAUAUAGCUAAUUUCAGCGGGACUUUGCAUCUCCGGCGAGAGGGCAUACUCAUUGACCGCUGGUGUUUAUGACUAUUACCCUUCACCGGCGGUCCUCCCUUAUUCUCAUGAAUUCAUGAACCUUCGAUUAUCUCUCAUAUGGAUACCGUCGUAUCCAACUCACCCGUGGUCAUGGGACAAGGUGAACAGCCUGUAGUUCACCCUUUCUUCCGAAAAGAUCUCGCCAUUCCGUCCCAACCUACGUCGUCUGAAGGAAAUGCUUCCGUCGCUCCAGCCAGCUCCGGCAAACCACCCUUGAACGUGCCUUCGCCCUCAAUUGCAGCACCCACUCCCGACCAGAUCUCUCAGAUGCCAUUUCCAUACACUCUAGGAGUACCCGUGACUACAGCUCCGAAUACUUCGAGCCCAGAUGAGGACCCAAAUGCUGGCAGACGCAAGAGGCGGAAGACCGAGCGGAGCAAGGAAUCCGAACAUGAUCAACCUCUGCAAGCUGGCUUAUCUGGUUGGCUGGGGAUGAAAGCGCCCCCUCCCGUGGCUCCCAAGGCACCGGUUAAGGAAGUGGACUCCAGUACGCCCUCUAUGCCGCCUGCACCUGCCUUGGCUGAAUCCCAGUCCUGCACUACAAGCGUCGAGGAAGCACCCACGUCCAAAGCCAGUACACCCUUGCAGGAUGUCUCAACCAAACCACGAAAAAUCGUCAAGUUGAACACCAAUGGUCGAUUGCUCAGUUCACCUCCACUCGGUCCCCCUGAGACUACUGCCCCAAAGCAAGCUGGUGGUAGACGAGGUCAAAACCGGAAGGCAGAAAGCAAUGUUGUGGUUCUCAAAUAUGCCCGUGCGAAAAGAGAGAAUAUCGGGAAGAUAAUAGACGACAUACUCGGUGGUCGUACGAAAUACAUCGCUCCUGUCCCGCCUCAUGCGGCUUCUCUUCGUCGUCCUAUACAACCGCCUAUUAACAGCAACAAACCAACUCACCCAUUCUUUGUGAAAAAGGCACCAUUAAAACAGCCGGAUGCUGCUAGUUGUGACCCUCAAUUCAACACAGAAAAUCCGAAUAGUAAGGCUACUCUAGACGGGAAACAGUCGCAAACUGUCGAAGCAAAAGGGGAGCAGAGACCCACGCGGCCGCUAUUUUCGGGAUCCGCGCAUCGAACAAACAAAUUCCCCGAGUUAGUUCAUCCACUAUGGCCGCCUCGAGAUCUCUUUCAUAUCACAGAUCUUGGCCCGUCUCCCAUGGCCCAGUCUUCCAUCGACCGUCUGGAGAAUGAUCACAAAAAGUCCAAAUCGCCAACCGUCGUGGUGACAGACGAAGAGAAUGCUCUUCUUGUCAGCACUUCACGGGCCCGUCAAAGUGCUGCGCUUGAACUGCAAUCUCAUAGCUCCAAUAAAUCGGCUCUACGCGUUCCAGGACGACAUCUCGCCAGUGGGCGUACACUGCAGGCCGCUCUCAAUAGCCAGAUGUCGUGGUCGCUACCUGGCGUACCCACAUCAUACGCUUCCACUUUACCGGUGAUCAAGAGCCUUCACUCUUCUCUACCCUCAACUGUUUCCGCUUUUGAUUGUGGAAAGUACGAAUCGCGCCUUUGGUGUCACAAGUACAGCCCGACUAAAGCAGAAGAUGUCCUUCAAGUCGGUCGGGAGGCCGGAAUGCUUCGUGACUGGCUUCGACAUCUCAAAAUUAGCGCAGUCGAUAGUGGCAAGCACUCCAGAGAAAGCGCUAGGUACAAGGCUAAACGCGACAAGAAGCGGAAGAAGCGCAAGGGGGAAGACCAGCUCGACGGUUUCAUUGUCUCCAGCGGAGAGGAAGCCUCUGAAAUGGAUGCACUUUCGGGCUCAGAUGACGAGCUAGCGGGUGACGUUACUGUAUCCGCGCCCAAGAGUCUCGUUCGAUCCGGAGAUCUCGUCUUUCAGGGCCAGCAUGGAUGCGACAAAGGCCGGCUGACCAAUGCUAUUCUUCUAAGUGGCCCUCCAGGUUGCGGAAAGACAGCAUCGGUGUAUGCGGUUGCCAAGGAGCUUGAUUUUGAGGUGUUUGAGAUCAACUCUGGUACUCGACGAAGUGCCAGGGACAUGCUCGAGAGGGUCGGCGACAUGACACAAAAUCAUCUCGUCCACCUUCUGAACGACAACGACGAUUCAGCACCAAAUUCGAAGGAUCAGGUUCCGGUUGCUGACGCCAAGCAAAAUAAACUGAUGAGCUUCUUUGGAGGCCAUCCAUCGAAAAUUAACGAGAACAAAUCCGCCAAGGGGAACACAGCAAAGUCAAGUCCUGCUUCUGAAUCUGAGUGCAAGCGGGGACGUGAGCAGAAACAGUCAUUAAUUCUUCUCGAAGAAGCUGAUGUGCUUUUUGAGGAGGAUCGCCAGUUUUGGACUGGAGUAAUGACACUCAUUAGCCAGUCCAAACGGCCUAUAAUUAUUACUUGCAACGAUGAAAGUCUGGUUCCAAUUCAAGACAUGUCUCUUCACGCCAUCUUGCGAUACCAACGCCCCUCUCUCGAUCUUGCACUUGACUAUUUGCUUUUGGUGGCUGCUCACGAAGGACACGCUCUGAAGAGAGAUGCUGUCAACAAACUCUAUAACGCAUCUGGCAUGGACAUGCGCAGAUCGCUGAUGGAUUUGAAUUUCUGGUGUCAGAUGGCCGUUGGGAGUGAAAAGGCAGGCUUGGAUUGGAUCCUUCCUAUCUGGCCGCCUGGGGCUAAUGUGGAUCCCAAUGGGGACCGAGAACGGGUUCUCAGUUUGAACACCUACGAGUCCUAUAUGGGCUGGUUCAACCGUGACGCUUUGCUGGGUGACGACUGCCUUACCAAAGAAACCCAAGCUCUAGAGAACUCCUUCAAGUGGUGGGGACUGAGCAUUCAGGAUGCUGAAGAUGCAGCCGGCACGAGCAUCAUGGAGCACUUACCUCCUCAACAACAGCGAUCCAUGACUAAACUGGAACAACUGGAUCUGUUGACUCGCGAAACGGACUAUCUGGAGAUGAGGAGCUCCUUGGACAUUCUUUGCUACGGUUGUCCAACGAACAUGCUCGAGGAUGUCCUCGAUAACUCUGCUCCGCCAUUUCCAGAAUCCCAUCGAGCCAACUACAUUGAUGCUUACCCUCUUUUGCAGGCCGACCUGCUACAUGAAUACUCCUCCCUGAGUGAGUCUAUCAGCACGACGUUCGAUUCCUUCAUUUCUCGAGUUUUCCGCCCCAAGGCUGAGGAUGUUGAAUCUGCCGGCGCUGGUAGAAUUUUCAAUGCCUGGGCCCAGUCUGCUGCUCGUCAAAGCAUCUCGCCAUCGAUAGCAAAAGGCUUCCGAAAAAUAUUUGAGCCUAUCAUGCGAACAAGUUACUCUGCAUCUCUAUCAACAGGUCGGCCUGCUCCGUCUUUCGAGAACGGCCUUGCACCCAUCACCGAGGACAUUGCUCCUUACGUCCGCGCGAUCAUGGCGUUUGACGGUUGCCUGAAACAAUAUAGGGACAAUCUUUUCUUGGCCUGGUCUCAAGAACAAGGAGGGACUGGGGAGAAACGAAUGCGGAAAACCCGUGCCAGUCGGGCAGCCUUGGAAGGAGGCAACAAGGCGUCGACUCGGAAGGAAACAUGGUUCCCAGAUGACACGAAUUAUUGUGGCGUACAACGUACUGGCCGACCCGAGUGGCAACAGAUCUUGUUUGAUAUGGGCCAUUUCCACGUUCAGCCUGUGGCUGACUCGGCUGCAGGGAGCAGCGAGCCUACUUCCGGCGACUGAACUCAACUCCUAGCUAUAAUAGAUGUCCUCUCGCAACUGAUUUAAAAUUAGAUGCUGCGAUAUGAAACCUGUUACGAACCAAUCUCAAAUAUCGUAGUUUCUGCCUCCAAUUUAUCGGAGUCAGCAGGUUCUCAAUUCCCAGCUAAACUUCAGC